AAGAGGAAAACCCAGUUACGUGGAGCUGUGUAUAUUAGCCAGCCUUGUUCCUUGUCCGCACUCACUCGUGGCCUGCGAUGGUAUAAACACUCGGCCAGCUACCACUGUUAGUAGCUGCACUCGCUACUUCUCUGAGCUAUUGUCGGAUGUAUAAGAAUGUCGUCCCUCGUUGAAAAUCGUGCCGCUUUGGGACGCAAAAACAGCUGCAAGGCUCUUCAUUUCCGAGACUGUUCAUGGCGAAAGUCUGAUCGAUGGAAGCUAUACAAGGGCUAUACAGGUGGCGUCAAUGGCGAGAUGACAACGUUAUGUAUUAAAGUAUACAGGGACGGUUACUUCGAUGAAGCGUACUGUGAUGACAUCAUUGAAAUGUAUCAGAGCAUCCAGAAGUUGGCAGAGAAGUUCAACCAGCUGCAAGGAAGAGAUGCACUGAAAAUAAGAGUCAUUGUUCCCCAGAAAGCUGUCAUUGAUAAAACUGCUGCCUUCCAUAAUCUGAAAGGGAGAAGGAGACUGCUGAGCAGAGAUGAAUGGGUUCUGGUGUAUGAGAAGAUAGACAGGAUGAAGGCAUUUGUAUCUAAGGAAGGUGAAAGCCGUUGCGCUGAUGGCAUAAUGGACGCAUUCGUUCAUUUCACGUUUCAAGAAACGAAUGGGGAACUCAUCGUGAGCAAGCUACGUGGAUCGAAAUCGAAAGAGGGAUGUGUGCUGUCUUGCCCACGCGUUCAUUACGAGGAGGACGUUAUUAGGAAGGUUCUUUCCAACCACACAUGUAACGACAUUUGCAGAAACUACAGAACGCUGCCAGUCCCAACAGUAACUGAUUGUGUUGAUACUCCUUUGAUGCCAUCAGCACCUCCUCUUUGUGUAGACUCCGACAGUGAAGAUGACGUGUUCCAGCCACCUUGUUCCCCGAGUGAGGAGGACCUCCAGUUCAAGUUGCACCUGGACAAUAUGAACCAGUACCGUGCUGUUCCAUAUGACACUCGAAACCCUCUCUUCUAUGAUCACAAUGGUCAUGGCAUUUCACUGCCACCUCCGUACUCAUCCACUUGUCCUGAUGGACACAAAGUGUCCAUAUCUGGCCCUUGCUGUGAUUUCAGGGUCAAGCAGGAUUUUACGAACAAUAACAUGUUGGUUCUGCAGAUAGAGCAGCCUUACAGCAGUCGUGUAAUAUGAACUCUGAUUUUCUUUGCUGAAUUGUUUCAUUCCUGGCUCGAGUGGGUAAAAUAUGAGAUUGUUCCAUCGGUUUGCAUUCGUAUUUACAGAACAAUAUUUACAACUCAUCAUUUUUCAACCUCCUGCAGAUGAUACCUCCAGGGAAGGUAUUAAGGAACAUAGGCUCAUGCAAGGUGGACAAUUUCAACUGACAUUUUUUGCAUUGUAUAUCAAUAUUCGCUCCACCAUGUGGAAUGGGUGAUGGUUGAACACAUGUUAGAUGACACUGAGAGAAAGAACACUGUGAUGCUUAUUUGAAGUGAGUGGUUGUGGUGAUCUGUGAAGCUGUUUUGGUAAAUGCUGACAACAAUAUGACGAACAACACCGUUGAAUAUUGUUUCAUAUUUAUGUUCUGUGUAUAUUGUUGGAGCUCAUAUGAGAAAACACUGCUCUUUUACGUCUGGAUAUAUCAUGCUCUUAUAACGCAACGUGAGAAUGUGAGGAUGCGAUUAUGUCUGUGUCAUAUUCCUUACACAUGGAGAAUGUCCGUUCUGAGAUCUGUUGUAUGUGAGAAUGUGAGGAUGUGAUAAUUUUUAUUUUUCACUUCCAAAACAUAGAGAAUUUCCGUUCUGAUAUCUGAUAUGAUACUCUAAAUGUAUUGUUGCUCUUUUGAACCAGAUUGUUACACCAAAUGUAAUAAUUAUUUUUCAAAUUUAAAACAGAUUUAUUAGUAGCCAUCUCAUCUCAUAUAGAUUUUAAUCACGUAGAACGGGGUUACAGCGUUAUGUAUCAGGGGAAAUAAACAACAGGAGUCACAAAAUCAAAACAAAGAAUAGGAGCAAAUAAUCAAAGUGAUAUUUUAUAAGACACGUGCACUUUACAUGUAUGUUAAGAGCACAUGCGAUGCCCAAGAUGCUCUAAAUGUCCUGACGCACUGAAGAUACGGAACAGAAACAUGUAAAAUGUUGAAGAAUACACUCCUUAUUUAACACAUAAGGAAUAGGAAAAUGGGAAAUCUUGAAGAAUGCACUCCUUAUUUAACAGAUAAGGAAUAGGAAAAUGGGAAAUCUUGAAGAAUACAAUUACUAAAAUGCACUUAGUGGGUGACGCAUGACACGGAAGACAGGGCAUGGGCCUAAGUAACCGGUUACCGAGACAAUAAUCGGAAUUUGGCAUUUUCACUUUGAACCACUGAAGUUUCCUGUUGUAAAACAUGUACAUUUGAAGCCCAUUUCUGAGCGGAAAUGAAAACUUGACAUGAAUCUCCUUGUCACUUUUUGUGAUUUAUUAGGUCUCCGAAAUGUUUUAUAGAUUUGUUAUUCUUAAAGUAAAGCUGUGAUAAGGCGUUGUGAGCUGUGAAGUGGUUGAAAGCGCUAGGUAAUUGAUCAUUCUUGUGCUGGUAUACAAAAUCCGAUAUUCUUCCAUAGACAUCGGUAAUAAAUCAAACUAGAAUGAAAGAUAUUAUUUGGAUGUAUGUGGAGACAUAUAUGAUGCUUUGUUUUGCGGUUUUGUUUUGUACAAACUAUGUUAUGAAUAUACAUUUUUUUGAACUGUGUUGUCAAUAAAUACAAUAAAAUUCA